UGUGGCGUAGUGUCAAAUCAUGUAGUGCCUUAUUAUCUAUCCCAGCUUGUAUAGCCACUACUGCAGGAAAAAAGUACUCCAGCCAUCCAGCCAAUGGAGGACGGCGGGGCGGAGAACGCUUUGCGAUUGAACUAAAGGACCGCAGGCAGCUGUACACGAGCAUCCUCUAUUCUCCACACGCGCCCACAUCACACAGUCAAUGGAUUACACCUUCUCUCUCCAAGUGCAACACCAUCUGACCGUGUACCCAACGCACUUAUACGAGGACUACAGCUUAGAGUUACAGAUGAAGUCAACAGAGGUGGAUCAAGGCCUUUUCACAGACAGUUACUGCAAAGUGUGCAGCGCUCAGCUCAUCUCAGAGUCACAGAGAGUGGCACAUUAUGAGAGCCGGAAACAUGCAAACAAAGUUCGUCUGUAUUAUAUGUUGCAUCCAGUAGAUGGGGGAUGUCCGGCUAAGAAGCUCAGAACAGAUGACGGGAGUGAGGAGGGAGAUGUGGAUAAAAACAAGUGCUGUACUCUGUGUAACAUGUCCUUUACUUCAGCGGUGGUAGCACAGUCUCAUUACCAAGGCAAGAUCCAUGCUAAAAGACUCAAACUUCUGCUGGGGGAACAGCCUGCCAUAACAGCCAAAGAGGUGCCACCUAGUCCAGUGAAGACAACCUCUUCAGAAAUCUCACCUUUGAGCUCAACACGUCAGCACCGGGAUUCUGAUCGCUACUGUCAGCUGUGCAAUGCUUGGUUCAACAAUCCUGGAAUGGCACAGCAACACUACGAUGGCAAAAAGCACAAGAAGAAUGCAGCACGUGCAGAACUGCUGGAACAAUUAGGGAAGACUUUAGACAUUGGAGAGAUGAAAGGUCUAAAACGCUGCUACACAUGUGAUGUCUGCAGUGUCACACUGAAUUCAGUGGCACAGUAUCAUGCACACCUGCAGGGCUCCAAGCACCAAAACAACCUAAAAAAUCAGCUGUGUGUCCAGUGAACCAAUAGGAAGUACAAGAUGAUUGGAUUGAUGUCAGACAAGCUGUGAUCAGCUUGCCCAGGAUUUUCUGCCUCCCUUUCUCUCCUUCUUUUACUCUGUUGUCUUACUCUCAACUUGACUGCAAUAGAAGAUUGAAGAUCCUCUUAAAGUCAGCCUUUAGUCAUCCUGAACCCUUCCUCUUCCUCCCAGCCUCCUCUACAGCAGCUCUCUUCCUCAGACUCAGAAUCUCUUGAGGAGAUGUGACUUCAUCCAGUGAUGCCCAUCUGGUACUUAUUCUGUUAUCACACCUGAAGUUGAUAUAGCUAAUCUCAGUCAGUUGUUGUGUGCAUGACUGAAUACUUCUUGUUGUUAAUUUCUGAGCUAAGCAAUAUUUGUCCAAAAUCUGCCAAAUUAAUAGUUAUAAUCAUAAACAUUAACAUGAAAGAGAAAAGAGAAUGCACUCUAUAGAAGCUCUAUAAACUCUAGUCCACCUUUAUUUUUAUGUCUCUCAUUUUUAAUGCACUGUUUGUUUUUUGUGUGCAAACAAUACACGUUAUACAAAUACCUGUGAUUUUUGCCUGAAAAUAUGGGCAUUUUGGGCAGGGUCCUAUGGAAACAAAAUGUAUUAAAUGUGUUUAUUGUAUGUAUGUGUGAAAUGUGGAUAGCUGUUUGAUGAAUGGGUUUUUGAGAAUAUUUGUAAGCUAAUGUGAGCCUAUUCAAAUUUCUGGUCUGGUUUUUAUGAAAUUUUUAACGUUUUGAACAGAAUGAAGUUAUAAAUGUCUUCAGAAGAAGAUCGGAAAACAGAUCAAGCAGCUAAUCCUUCAUACAGUUU